CAAGAAAGGGACGAACGAGAGGGGAAACCCGGGGGCAGCUACAACCAAAACCGCGGGAACCAUGGGUUCCCGUUUCAAUGCUCUAUCGGGGGAUCUGUCACCGGAGGAUAGCACCGACACAGCUAAUAAUGCUACUAUUCCUUCUGGCAUAGAGCAACAACAGAGAGUCCGAACAGGCGCAACUAAAUCAACCCACUCGGUGGCAACUAAUAAUUCUGGGAAAGCCACUGUGGAGAAAAAGAAGGAGAAGAUUAGAGAGGUUCCUAAAGAUAGCACUAGGGAGAAGAGCAUCUUGGGAAGCAAGAAAUCGGCAACUCUCAAAGCUACGGAGUCAACGCCUAAGGAUUUUCCCUAUCCACUGUCAUUCUCAAAGGAAAAACAUAUUACCCAUGCAAGCUCGUCCAAUGGCGGGGAACAGUUGCAUUCGGUUGCGACGACGUCACCUGUCUUGGCCACCCAAACCGGGGCCAACGAAAUGCUGGCAAGGGAUGUGCGACCGGGGAGGCCACCGAACGAAGCUCCAAUGGAGGAACAUCCUAGUGAGGGCGAAAUGGUGAUUCAACUGGAGCGCAAGGAUGGGGCUAAUGCUAGCCCUAUCUCCGAGUAAACCAGGGAGUCUCUCUAACCUCUACGUACUAUCAUGGAUUUAAAAAAAAUUCUUGGAAUUG